CCUACCCUACCCCCUCCUCCUCCCAUCACCACCACCACCCCCUCUCCUCCUUUUAGCAUCUGAAAGGACCACUGAGUGAGAAUCGAUGGCGCAGAGGCCUGCUUGACAGGACAAUAAACCACAAAGAAGGGCCUCUCCACCGUGAAGACAAGAUGUCCCAGCAGCAGAGGGAGGACCCGUCUCCAUCUCCGUCUCCGUCUCCGUCUCCGUCUCCGUCCCGCCGCCUCGGCCUGGCAUCACGCCCCCGCCUCCAGACACCGAAGCCCGGCCACCACUUCCCAUGAGGCCACCACCAGAACUCAGCUCGCCCGCUCUGUAUGGGGCCUCUCACAUAUGAAUUGACAUGGAGGAUGAAGAUGGGACUUGUCUACUUGAUGUUUUGUGUGACCCCCAAGCCCUGAACGACUUCCUUCAUGGGACCAAUGAGCUGCAGACUGAAGACCUGCUCAUUAGCUCCUCCUCUGGGGAGCCCUCCCUCUUCACAGAUGCCCCGAGCCCCGUCUCUCUGCUGGGAGACGGCAGGGAUUCCCCAGACACGCCUCCACCUGGGUGUGUGGAUCUGUCCUUCCUGGAGGAGGCCCUCCUGUCAUCGCCGGAGGGCGGAGAAGACCCACAGGUGGUGCAGGGUGGGACGCCCGUGGAGGCUGGAUUCGAGGCGAAAAAGGGAGGAGUGGAGGAAGCGGAGGAGGCCGAGGUGGCGUGUGAUAUCCUCCAGCAGAGCCUGCAGGAGGCCGAGAUCACAGAGCAGACCAUGGCUCUGGAGGCAGGUCUGGCCCAACCCGGGGACAGCCUGUCGUUGUACUCACCGGCCCCUCUCCUCUCCCCACCCACCGUACCGUUCAUACACAAGUCUGUGACCUUGCCCAUCACUCAGGCGUUGCCCAGAGACACCCAGGCAGCGGUGGAGCCUCCCCAGCCCUCCCUCCUGGCUGUCGGGCCGGGCUGCCCCUCUCUAAAACCUGCUGCCCCUCCUCAGCUGAUGGGGCUCCUGCCUGGGAACGUGUUCCCUGCUGCUUCUCCAGAGACCUCCUUCUCUCUGAGUCCUGCCCAGGCAUCCAGUAUGAUCAUCCACAAGGCUAUUCCCAGUAUGACCAGUCGUCCUCUCAUCACCCCGGCCCUGAGAGCAGCAGCAGCGUCGGGCAUCAUCCUGCAGCGUGCCCCUCUUCCCAUCCAACCCAAGCUGCCCAUCAGCAUUCAGCCCAGACUGGUUCAAAUUAGCCCCAAGCCUUCUGGGCAAAAACACACCCAAGGUCUCACAUUUGUCCCCGGGACCGGCUCACCAAAUAUCUUACUCUCCCAACCUCCGGGCCAGAAACCCUCAGCUCCAGCGUCGCAGCCCACCCAGCAGCUCUCCAAACCGGUCAGCCUGCAGCUGGUCAACCAGGGCGGCUCCUUCGUGCUCCAGCCUCAGGGACUCUUCCAAGGCCAAAACCAGUUCCUUCUUCCAGGCCAGACCCCUGUUACCAUCUCCCAGUCCGCCAGUGCAGCUCGCCCUCUGCUGACCUCCAGUCACCACGGCCCGUCGCUCCACAGCGUGAAUCCCUCCACUGGGCAGCUGGUCGAAGGCUCUCAGAUCCUAACCGUGCCCCAGAGACAGCUGAACUUCAGCCCCGUCUUCACCACCCCUUCAGGGCAGCUAGCGCUCCGCCAGGCCACUGUGCUUUCAGGACCUUUGCAGCUACAGUCAGCGCCCCCUACUGUCUUCCAGAUGCCAGCACAGCUGGCUGGAACCUACGCUCCAGGAGGGCCGGGGCAGCGAACCACCCUGGUCCACAGUCCCGCUCUUGGAAACCACAUUACCUUGAUCAACAGUUCAGGGGUGCUUCCCUCAGAUCUCACUUCCAUCUCGAUCGUCAACGGCCCCUCGGUGGUUCAGGGGCUGCCGUUCGCUGCCCAGGCCGCGGCUCCUCAGACGGGGGUGACGGAGGGACAGCUGAGCCUCCAGCAGGCGUCCGUGGUGCUGCUGCCAGAAAGAGCCAUUCAGGAGGAGAGGACCAGCUCAGAGGAGACCUUCCACCAGCUGCCACAAUCCUAUGGACACGUCCUCCAGCAUGUCUCGGUGCAGGCCACCUCUGCAGCGCUGCAGUCCUCCUCUCCUCCUGUAGUCACGGUCCUGCAGCCUCCCCCCGAACCACCUCUGGCCCCCGAUCCAGCUGUGGAGAUCCCUAAACUUCUGAUGCCCCCAGCAGACAUGAGCCAAGUAGUGGAGGAGGUGACCCAAUCGAUGAGCCAGAACGAGGCCUUUAUGCAACAUCUGCAACAGCAAGCACUUAGUUCUCCGAUCACGUCUGACCUGCUGGUCGGAGCGCUGCCGGUGGUGCCGAUGGAGCCGCUCGCCUCCCCGGCAGCCAAUGAGAGAGAGACUAAACCUCAGACCCACACGGCUUCCGGUCAGGACCCCCGCGCCGUGAUGUCCGACCAGCGCGUCGAGGCUUCUCCGCUUCACUCAGACCCAGAGGACACGCCGCUCAUCUGCUCCCCCUCCCCCAUUCAGGACACCCAGAGACCAAGUUUCUCCCCUCAGAUCCCUCUGCCUGGACCUGAGAGUUCAGCCCCCCAGCCUCGCAUCGAGCCCCAAGUCCAGUACCAGGUCCCUCAUCAGCUCCAGGUCUCGCAGGCCUUAUUUUCCCAGAACCAGUCGUCUGUCUCCCAGCCUCCUCUGCCCCAGGUCCAGGUCCAGGUCUCAGCUCCUCAGCUCCAGGUCCAGGUCUCAGCUCCCCAGGUCCAGGCCUCAGCUCCCCAGGUCCAGGUCCAGGCCUCAGCUCCCCAGGUCCAGGUCCAGCUCCAGUCAUCUGUCUCCCAGCCUCAGUCCUCAGUGGUCAACGUCUCGGUCCAUAGCAGUCCCCCCCCUCUGCGUGUCUCGGUGCCUCAGCAGCAGCCUGAUCCCACGGCUGCGUCUGCUAGUCUCUCCAAAGGAGGAGACGACUCCGCUGUCCAACAGCACACACAAAACAAGCCAACAGCUGCCUUGGUCGUGGAGAGUAAAGUGUUUACUCUCGAUGUCCAUCCACCCUCUCCUGCAGCCCCGGGGGUCCAGGUUCACGGACCCCCCGACCCCAGAGAGUGUGUCCCCGUCCAGACGAGCCAGCAGACCGGCACCCUGCUGGCCGGUUGUCUGGAGCAGCAGAGAGAGGAGACGCUCACACCAGCAAUGCGCAGGCACAGGUUCCAGCAGCAGAUUUGUUCGGACCACGCAGCGGUUCAGACCUCCUUCACCGGCCCGGCCUUUCCCACCCUGAAGGACGCCGUUAGACGCCUGCUGCCGUACCACACCUGCACCGGUCACCUGCCCUCUCAGGAUGACUUCAACUUAGUGGACCAGGAGUUUGACACUGUGUCCGGUUUCCUGCUGAAACGCACCAAGGACAUGGUCAACAAAUAUAGGCAGCUACUGGUUAGAGAAGCCCAGCAGGAGAGUCCGUCAGCAGAGAUGGUGAUGCUGGAGCGUCUCUUCCUCCAGGCUGAGCGAUGUGCUUUAGCGGAGGACAGGCGGAGAGUCCGCAGAGACCCAGAGUCAUUCAUGACGGCCUUGGCUACAUCAGCGUCUUCCCCCCACGGUGCCCAGUCCUCCUCCUCCUCCUCCUCCUCUUCCUCCCAGCUGUGCUCCUCCAGCAGCCCCUCCUCUCCACCAGCCUGGACCAGACUGUCCGACCGGCCCCCGGGACUGAAGACGUACCGCUCCAGCUCCCGGGGGGCUCUCAGGCUCACCAUCAAGCACGAGUCCGGCUCCCGUAAGGUGGUCCACAACUCGGCCUGCGACCCGGGACUCAAGAGGGACCACACGGGGCAGCUGACCAACGGCGGUGGAGCUGUGAUCGAACGCCUCUCUCAGGCGCCCAACGGGGCACCCCAGCAUGACGAGGAGAUCUCCAACGGAGCUCUGCCUUGUACCGCUGCGGAGGAAGUCCCACAGAAUUCCAAAAUAAAAGCCCCAAACCCUCUUUCUAUGCCAGAGCCACCGGUCGUUUGCUUCGAUUUGCCUCACAGAGAUGUCAGCGCCCCAAAACUGAAAUGCUACAGGUUGGACGAGUCGCCUCUGCCGGAGCAGCGGUUCAGCCCGCCGCCUCCUCCCCUCCAAGAGGACAACAUGCUCAGUGAACAUCUACAGAGUGCCAUCGACAGCAUCCUGGAGCUGCAGCGCCUGCAGGGCCCCUCUGCAGCCCCGACCAGGGCCACGUCAGGCCCUUCACUGGACCAGGCUGUCACCAGCAUCCUGGAGGGACACCUGUGAGCUCAUCGGUCCUGACAGAUGCAGAAAACAUCAGUCUGAGGUGGGAUAAAACAAACAAAGGAAGGUGCACUUGACUUCAUCUGUUCCCAGAUCUAAAUUCUGGGUUUCAGAGAUUACUUUUAAAAGGAACUGAUUGUUUGAAAGAAAAAAAAUGAAGAGGCACUAUAAAGAGAUGCAUACCAGACAACAGCACUAUCUAUAGUCCGAUAGAUGUUAGAUACUUCAUUUUUGAUGUACGUUUGUGGAAAAAAAAAUCUAUUUGAAUAGGAGCUAUAUUGUUUCAGUGGUAGUCAAGUCAUUCAGAGGUUUACGACACUGGUGUAACCUUCAUCAGCAUAUAGUAUAUAAGUAAUAGUGAGGAUAACGAACAAAACGUGGAGUAGACUGAGAUUAUUCAAUAGUUUUUUAUAAGAUUUCUUUCAAAAAAAAAUGUGAAGUUUCUUUUUGCAUAGUGCCAAGCUUCCAGGGUAUUUAUUUUGAUAAUCUGUGCCAAUUGUGUUUUGCAUUGAGAAAGGCAGCGAGUGUGUGUGUGUGUGUGUGAUGAGUGUGUGUUUAUUUGGAUCUAAAGAGUGUGCGAGUGUGUGUGAAAACAUUGACGGGACGGUACAUAUAAAAAUCCCGCAGGCUCCAUCAUCUCGGCUUAUCGAAUGAAACUCCAAAGAAUUUGUGACAUCCUGAAUACACCAGCAGCAAACGUCCAUGUUGUGUCUCAUCCCACAAACUGGAGUCUGUCCUCGUUAGAGCAGGAAGAAGAAAGAAACCCGAGGGGGAAAGAAAUUAGGCAGAGUCGUGUUUUUGUUUGUUGUUGUUUUUUUUAAGUUGUUGUCAUUCAUGCUGGAGUCUGACUGUGAAAUAUGUCUAGUUUUCAGAGAUGGUUUCUCAUAUUUUAUGUAUUAACAUGCAAGCAAUAAUGAGUUAGGGUUGUUAGGAGCAGUGGUGGUGCAGUGAGGAGGAGGAGGAGGAGGAGGAAGAUUGUUUUUCAGGAAUGAGAGAUGCUUGUUUCAUCAUUGAAGCCCGUGUAGUUCAGAAAUCAUGUUUGAGGGUCACUAAACGGCAUUAAACGAUCACGCUAAUGUCCAGUUUGAGAAAGAAAAACACCAAAACUGCGGUUGUUUUCAGCCUCUCUGCAUCAUCAAACAGCCUUUGACCAAAAAAAAAACUAGAGGAAUCAUCCGCUUCACAUUAUCACAUUUAUUUAUUAAUUUAUUUGGUUUGAAGCCGAAGAUUUAUUUU